AUGCAGCACGCGGAGGAGAAGCAGGCCUCUUCGAGCUCCCUCAACGUCGGCGACGUCGCCCGCCAAGCGAGACCCGCACACACGGAAGGCUCGGAGGCGAGGUUGCUGGAGAAGCUGGUGCUGAGCUGCCUCGUCGUGUUCGACGCUCCUCCGCCUCCCUCUCGCGACGUCCGCUCUGCUCUCUCUCUCCCCCUCUGCGAAGUCGUGACUCUCUUCCAGCGAAACGCGACGCCGACGGCCCUCCACCUCUGCCGGUUGACUCCGUCGCCCUCGACUCCGACUCCGACUCCGACGCCGACGCCGACGCCGCCUCCUCCCCUGAACCCGACUCUGACGCCGACGCCCCUUCGCCGGUUGCCUCCGUCGGCGUCGGAGUCCGUCGCCCCCGACGCCGACGCCUCGGCCUCCGCCUAUGCGCCUAACGCCGACGCCGACGCCGACGCCGAUGCCCCUUCGCCAAGUCCAUGCAUCGCAGAAAAUGGUGAUGCCGACCCAACAUUACUUAUUCAGUUAUUUCCUUUUGCUGAUGCCGAAAAGGAGAGACAAGCUUUGGUGGAUGCACUUAGAGCUAGUGAAGCUGAAUGCGAUGCUAUUGAUGCGAAGAUGCAGGAGGUUUUGAAUGCACAGAUUGCUGCUGAGGAUGAGUGUGUUUCUCUGUUGGAGAAUUUCUCUAAGGAUGCAACUGCUAGUGCUGACCUGAUAGAGAAGAAGGCAAACUUACUGCGUGCUGAGGAAAUGGACAAAUGGCUUUCAUCAAGUGAAGAUUUGGAGGUGAGGAAGAUGGAACUUGAAAUCGAGUCAUAUCUGAUAAGUGAAGCUCGUAAAGGAGUGAAUGUUUCCAUCGAGCAUUCAAUUGAUGAUGACAGUAGAGAGAAAGAAAAACUUCUUAAGAAGAAGGAUGUGUUGUUGGAUGAAUUGGAGAAGCUGCUUAAUUUAGUGAGAGAGAAGGAGAAGCAAAUUGCUGAGAAUGAUGCUUCCAUUGAAGCAGUAGAGAAGCGCAUUGCUGGUGGUCUCUGGAUUUCAGGACAUGCAAUCAGAUAUUGGUGCUAAAUAUGAUAGAAUGAAAUCAAAGCUCUCUCAG